GAUCCUUUGAAGUGGACCCUGAAAUUCAAAUGCUGGGCCACCGCCGUAUACUGCUUGAUGAUCUUGUCGACGACGUACGGUUCUUCGUCAUACGCGGCAUCCGCCAUCACCGUCGAGCGGGAGUGGGGCUUGUCAAGACCGCUCGCCACCUCCGGCACAUCCCUGUGGGUGCUCGGCUUCGCAGUCGGUCCCUUGCUUUUCGGUCCCACAAGCGAAGUCGUCGGUCGUCGUCCAGUCUAUCUCGUCUCUUUCGCUCUCCUCACCAUCGCCAACAUCGUUGCGUGCGUCGCACCUGACAUCGAAGUCCUGCUCGCUAUGCGCUUCAUCGGCGGCUGCAUGGGCUCGUCGGCUCUCAACAAUGUCGCAGCAUCCAUUUCCGAUAUGGUACGAGUGCGUGACCGUUUGAGAUAUUUGACCAUGUACCGCAUUGUCUCUUUCGGCGGUCCAACUCUUGGUCCACUCGUCGGUACCUUCCUCAACCAAGCGUCUUGGCGAUGGAACCUUGCCGUGCUGCCCUUCUUUUCCUUUGCGACUUUGGUGCUCUACGCUACCACCGUGCCCGAAUCGCAUCGAGUCACCAUCGCCCGCAAGCAGCUCGAGCAACGACAGAAGGAGCACGAAAAGGAGGUAGAGAAACUUUGCGAGGAGGGCAAAAUGACUCGAUCUACCGGGGACAGGAGCAAUAGAGAGCUAGGCGGCCCUUCGCUGAUGCAGCGCUACAAGACGGCUCUGUCCAUGCCUUUCGUGUUGCUCUUCACCGAGCCCAUCGUUGGCAUCGUGUGCAUCUACACCGCGCUGCUGUAUGGUUUACUCUACGGCAUUAUCGCAGCUUUCCCUCUCGUCUGGCAAGAUAUUAGGGGUAGAAGUCCAGAGUAUGCAUCUACCGUUUUCCUCACACUGCUCGGCGGUUUCUGCCUUGGGGCCGGCCUGAUCGGAUGCUGGCUACAAGACAAGUCUUAUAAACGCCAAUACGAUGCGGGAGAGGUGACGCCAGAGUCGCGAAUCGGUCCUGCAACUUGGGCCAGUUUCUUCGUGCCAGUCGGUCUCUUCGUCUUUGGCUGGACGGCACCCUACGACAGGCUGGUCGGCAGUCUCGACAUCCACUGGGCGGUCCCUUGCAUCGCGUUGGUCAUCUUCGCUUUCGGCAUGCAAGUCGUCUUCAACUCGUGGUUGUCCUACUUGGGCGACGCGUACGCUCCAGUCGCCGCUUCGGCCAUGGCGGCAGCCACCUUCUCCAGAUCGCUGCUCGGCGCUGCUUUUCCGCUCUUCUUGAGACAAUGGAUGCUGGUAUGGAGCGUGCAGAUCGUCUUCUCCAUUCUGGGCGGACUCAGCAUUCUUCUCUCUUUCGGAGGUUUGCUCUUUGUCCGCUACGGACCUCGCAUCCGCGCCCGU